CUCGCAAGCGUCUUGCACUUAAAAAGGGCAGAACAAACCACCGACCCGGUUCGACCGUCUUCGGUCGUACGCGAUUAAACCGCACCGCCCGAGCCGGGCCUCCCCACGUGCGCCCGCCAGGGAGACGCCCGUACGCCGACACCUGGGUCCCACGUGCGAGCUUCGAACGCUCUACCCUCUUCCCAACGCCCCGCCAUGGCGAUCGGCCUAUUUAUACUACUGCUAUGCUAUGCUUGCUUUGCCCUCUUCUCAAAAGGCAACGAAGCAUAUCAUAUCAUUCGCUUCCUUCUCGAGUUGGAUUGGGGGUUUCAUCCGAUUGCAAUGAUGCUGAUGGAGAACCCGCCGGAGUUUGGCCGCCACGCGAGGCGGAGCUACAGCGACGGCGCCGGCUCUUCCGGCGCCUUCAGCGACUGCAACAGCCAAUGCUCCGCCUCCGGCAACGGCGCUUCCUCCCUCCGCCGCCUUCUUGCCUCCGACUACUACUCCGACGAGGAGGUCCGCGGCCUCAUCUCCGACCUCGGGUCCCCCUCCGUCGAGUCCCGGCGCCGCGCCGCAAUGGAGCUCCGCCUCCUCGCCAAGCACAGCACCGAGAACCGCCUCCGCAUCGCCCGCGCCGGCGCCGUCGUCCCGCUCGUCGCCCUCCUCUCACACCCGGACCCGCAGCUGCAGGAGCACGGCGUGACCGCCAUCCUCAACCUCUCCCUCUGCGACGAGAACAAGGGGCCCAUCGCCGCCGCCGGCGCCGUCCGUUACCUCGUCCGCGCCCUCCGCUCCGGCACUCCCGCCGCCCGCGAGAACGCCGCCUGCGCCCUCCUCCGCCUCGCCCAGCUCGACGACCUCCGGGCCGUCAUCGGCCGCUCCGGCGCCAUCCCGCCCCUCGUCGCCCUCCUCGAGACCGGCGGCUCCCGCGGGAAGAAGGACGCCGCCACCGCCCUCUUCACCCUCCUGGCCGCGAAGGAGAACAAGGCCCGGGCCGUCGAGGCCGGGGUGGUGCGCCCGCUUCUAGACCUAAUGGCCGACCCGGAGUCCGAGAUGGUGGACAAGGCGGCGUACGUGCUGCACCGGCUGCUGUCGGAGCCGGAGGGCCGAGCGUCGGCGGUGGAGGAGGGCGGUGUCCCGGUGCUCGUGGAGAUGGUGGAAGUGGGAAGCCAGCGCCAGAAGGAGGUGGCGAUGCUUUCGCUGCUGGAGAUCUGCGAGGAAAGCGCCGCCUACCGGAAGAUGGUCAUCCGCGAGGGCGCUAUCCCGCCGCUCAUCGCCCUCUCCCAGUCCUCCUCCAAGAAGACCAAGGACAAGCAGGCGGAAGCGUUGAUCGAGCUUUUGCGACGACCGACCACGAAGCUGAUGGAUUAUUCCCAGCAGAGGACGACACGUGGCUGUUCGGCGCUCCCUGUAGACGGCGACGGACUAGUACAAGCAUAGACACGUGGCGGUCAAACAUUAGCUGGGACGAUGUAAAUACAUCUUAUAAAAGCAAAGGAAAAAAAAAGGCUCUCUUUUCUUUCUUUAAAUA